CACAGUGGGAAACAGACCUGCGGGUGUGCACAACUAUCAGAAUAUGGAAACCAGUUCUCCCAUCCUGAGAGUUGGAGUUGUAGGAUAUGGACAUCUAGGGAAGUACCUGGUCGACAGGCUCCUCAAAGAUGGACCUGGUCUCGGUCUGACUCUGGGUUUUGUCUGGAACAGGAAUUCUGACAAGCUCAAGGGUUUAGUUCCUGCUGAAGCGAUACUGGAAGACCUGUCAUUUUUUGCAAACAGGCGGUGCAAUGUGAUUGUAGAAGUUUGCCAUCCACAGAUCGUAAGAGAAUUUGGAGUUCAUUUUCUGUCCCAGAGUCACUUUAUGGUGGGCUCUCCUUCGGCCCUCUCUGAUUUUGAUCUGAACCAAAAGCUGCGUCAGGCAUCCAUGCAGCAUGGCAGGACACUUUAUGUCCCCAGUGGUGCAUUAUGGGGAGGCCAGGACAUCCAGAGGAUGAACGACAGUGGGACACUGAAGGCUUUGUUUAUAAGAAUGUCUAAGCAUCCAUCCUGCUUCCGACUGAAAUCAGACGUCCUCGCAGAUUGGGAGGAAGGAGAGGGACGGCGUGUUUUAUUCAGAGGCUCGGUGGCAGAGUUGUGCCCACUUGCUCCCAACAACGUCAACACCAUGGCAGCGGCGGCGAUGGCAGCAGGAACACUCGGCUUCACUGGUGUUCAGGGAGAGAUUGUAUCAGACACAGAGUUGAGGGACUAUCACAUUGUGGAGGUGGAGGUGACUGGGUCCGAUGGUUUCUCCGUACACACAGUCAGGAGGAACCCAGCCAGACUGGGAGCUGUGACUGGGAGUGCAACUUACCAAUCCUUCUGGAACAGUUUACUCAUUUGUAAAGGUCACGGAGGCAGAGUUUACUUGUGCUGAAGAGGAUGAGGAGGUUUACCUACAGCA